AUGAAUCCUACAGGUGUUAUCCUUCUACAGGUGUUAUCCUUCUACAGGUGCUAUCCUUCUACAGGUGCUAUCCUUCUACAGGUGUUAUCCUUCUACAGGUGUUAUCCUGCUACAGGUGUUAUCCUUCUACAGGUGUUAUCCUUCUACAGGUGCUAUCCUUCUACAGGUGCUAUCCUUCUACAGGUGUUAUCCUUCUACAGGUGCUAUCCUUCUACAGGUGCUAUCCUUCUACAGGUGCUAUCCUUCUACAGGUGCUAUCCUUCUACAGGUGCUAUCCUUCUACAGGUGUUAUCCUUCUACAGGUGUUAUCCUGCUACAGGUGCUAUCCUUCUACAGGUGUUAUCCUUCUACAGGUGCUAUCCUUCUACAGGUGUUAUCCUUCUACAGGUGCUAUCCUUCUACAGGUGCUAUCCUUCUACAGGUGUUAUCCUUCUACAGGUGCUAUCCUUCUACAGGUGCUAUCCUUCUACAGGUGUUAUCCUUCUACAGGUGCUAUCCUUCUACAGGUGUUAUCCUUCUACAGGUGCUAUCCUUCUACAGGUGCUAUCCUUCUACAGGUGCUAUCCUUCUACAGGUGCUAUCCUUCUACAGGUGCUAUCCUUCUACAGGUGCUAUCCUUCUACAGGUGCUAUCCUUCUACAGGUGCUAUCCUUCUACAGGUGCUAUCCUUCUACAGGUGUUAUCCUUCUACAGGUGCUAUCCUUCUACAGGUGCUAUCCUUCUACAGGUGCUAUCCUUCUACAGGUGCUAUCCUUCUACAGGUGUUAUCCUUCUACAGGUGCUAUCCUUCUACAGGUGCUAUCCUUCUACAGGUGCUAUCCUUCUACAGGUGUUAUCCUUCUACAGGUGCUAUCCUUCUACAGGUGUUAUCCUUCUACAGGUGUUAUCCUUCUACAGGUGCUAUCCUUCUACAGGUGUUAUCCUUCUACAGGUGCUAUCCUUCUACAGGUGCUAUCCUUCUACAGGUGCUAUCCUUCUACAGGUGCUAUCCUUCUACAGGUGUUAUCCUUCUACAGGUGCUAUCCUUCUACAGGUGCUAUCCUUCUACAGGUGCUAUCCUUCUACAGGUGCUAUCCUUCUACAGGUGUUAUCCUUCUACAGGUGCUAUCCUUCUACAGGUGCUAUCCUUCUACAGGUGUUAUCCUUCUACAGGUGCUAUCCUUCUACAGGUGUUAUCCUUCUACAGGUGCUAUCCUUCUACAGGUGUUAUCCUUCUACAGGUACUAUCCUUCUACAGGUGCUAUCCUUCUACAGGUGCUAUCCUUCUACAGGUGCUAUCCUUCUACAGGUGCUAUCCUUCUACAGGUGUUAUCCUUCUACAGGUCCUUCUACAGGUGCUAUCCUUCUACGGGUGCUAUCCUUCUACAGGUGUUAUCCUUCUACGGGUGCUAUCCUUCUACAGGUGUUAUCCUUCUACAGGUGCUAUCCUUCUACAGGUGCUAUCCUUCUACAGGUGCUAUCCUUCUACAGGUGUUAUCCUUCUACAGGUGCUAUCCUUCUACAGGUGCUAUCCUUCUACAGGUGCUAUCCUUCUACAGGUGCUAUCCUUCUACAGGUGCUAUCCUUCUACAGGUGCUAUCCUUCUACAGGUGUUAUCCUUCUACAGGUGCUAUCCUUCUACAGGUGCUAUCCUUCUACAGGUGCUAUCCUUCUACAGGUGCUAUCCUUCUACAGGUGCUAUCCUUCUACAGGUGCUAUCCUUCUACAGGUGCUAUCCUUCUACAGGUGUUAUCCUGCUACAGGUGUUAUCCUUCUACAGGUGUUAUCCUUCUACAGGUGCUAUCCUUCUACAGGUGUUAUCCUUCUACAGGUGCUAUCCUUCUACAGGUGCUAUCCUUCUACAGGUGUUAUCCUUCUACAGGUGCUAUCCUUCUACAGGUGCUAUCCUUCUACAGGUGUUAUCCUUCUACAGGUGCUAUCCUUCUACAGGUGUUAUCCUUCUACAGGUGCUAUCCUUCUACAGGUGCUAUCCUUCUACAGGUGCUAUCCUUCUACAGGUGCUAUCCUUCUACAGGUGUUAUCCUUCUACAGGUGCUAUCCUUCUACAGGUGCUAUCCUUCUACAGGUGCUAUCCUUCUACAGGUGCUAUCCUUCUACAGGUGUUAUCCUUCUACAGGUGCUAUCCUUCUACAGGUGCUAUCCUUCUACAGGUGCUAUCCUUCUACAGGUGCUAUCCUUCUACAGGUGUUAUCCUUCUACAGGUGCUAUCCUUCUACAGGUGCUAUCCUUCUACAGGUGUUAUCCUUCUACAGGUGCUAUCCUUCUACAGGUGUUAUCCUUCUACAGGUGUUAUCCUUCUACAGGUGCUAUCCUUCUACAGGUGUUAUCCUUCUACAGGUGCUAUCCUUCUACAGGUGCUAUCCUUCUACAGGUGCUAUCCUUCUACAGGUGCUAUCCUUCUACAGGUGUUAUCCUUCUACAGGUGCUAUCCUUCUACAGGUGCUAUCCUUCUACAGGUGCUAUCCUUCUACAGGUGCUAUCCUUCUACAGGUGCUAUCCUUCUACAGGUGUUAUCCUUCUACAGGUGCUAUCCUUCUACAGGUGCUAUCCUUCUACAGGUGUUAUCCUUCUACAGGUGCUAUCCUUCUACAGGUGUUAUCCUUCUACAGGUGCUAUCCUUCUACAGGUGUUAUCCUUCUACAGGUACUAUCCUUCUACAGGUGUUAUCCUUCUACAGGUGCUAUCCUUCUACAGGUGCUAUCCUUCUACAGGUGCUAUCCUUCUACAGGUGCUAUCCUUCUACAGGUGUUAUCCUUCUACAGGUGCUAUCCUUCUACAGGUGCUAUCCUUCUACAGGUGCUAUCCUUCUACAGGUGCUAUCCUUCUACAGGUGUUAUCCUUCUACGGGUGCUAUCCUUCUACAGGUGUUAUCCUUCUACAGGUGCUAUCCUUCUACAGGUGCUAUCCUUCUACAGGUGCUAUCCUUCUACAGGUGUUAUCCUUCUACAGGUGCUAUCCUUCUACAGGUGCUAUCCUUCUACAGGUGCUAUCCUUCUACAGGUGCUAUCCUUCUACAGGUGCUAUCCUUCUACAGGUGCUAUCCUUCUACAGGUGUUAUCCUUCUACAGGUGCUAUCCUUCUACAGGUGCUAUCCUUCUACAGGUGCUAUCCUUCUACAGGUGCUAUCCUUCUACAGGUGCUAUCCUUCUACAGGUGCUAUCCUUCUACAGGUGCUAUCCUUCUACAGGGCGGCAGUAG